CAUGGAAAGUGAAAAAAUUAAAGAUGAAGUAUUACCACAAGUUAAUGUAGAUCCAAAAAAGAUUGGAAACACCACGGAUGAAGAAUUGCCAAAAGUUAAUAUAGAUCCAAAAGAGGUUAAAAAUACUGCGAUUUUAAUCGUGGGAUGCACCGGUGCUGGUAAAAGUACAUUAGGAAAUUGGAUAUCUGAUAGUAAUUCAUUUGUUGCAGAUAGCACUAUGGGUAAUGUCACUAGAGAAUGUCAAUCAAAUUCAAUUCAAAUUGAUGGUAGAGAAUUUAUUCUAGUCGACACUCCGGGUAUAUUCGAUGCAAUGAUUAAUAAUGCUGAACACAUAUCAAGAAUUGAAAAUUUAAUUGAUUUGUAUAUCAAUAACCACCAAAAUUUUGAAGAAACUGUUCGUUUAAUUAAAAAAUUUCUUGGUGAUGGUGUUAUUAACCAUAUGAUAGUUGCUUUUUCUGGUGUGAUUAAGAAGCAAACUGAAGACAAUCGUAUAGAAAGUAGGCUUAAUCCAUCGAUGAAGGAAUUUUUGAAAUCCAUCAAAAAUAGAUGGAUCAUUUCUCCAAAUCCAGAUAUAUUUAACAGGGAUGACAAUGUUGUAAAAAAGAAUAUGGCUCGUACCAAAGAAAUGAUUCUUAAAUUUAAUAAUGCAUAUAAUUUAUCAAAUUUUAAAGAAGCACGACAAAAUGAAUCAAUUUACAUUAGGAAUCGGGAACCAAUGUAA